AAACUAGUAUUCGUAAGCCCUCGGUAAGGAGCUAUAAACAGUGAGUGGUCUUGGGUUGGAAAAAAAGGAAGUGCCUUGAUAUCAUUCAUUGUGUGAACCUAUGCACAGGUAAAGAGAUAAGAAACAGGUAACGAAACAGCUGGGAAGAUGGAGAGAGACAAACCGGGAUCUACCGAGGAUUUAGCGACACUUGCUAACCUUGAUGGUAAGGUGCUGCUGAAUGAAUUAAAAGUGAGAUACCUGGACAGCAAUAUUUAUACAUAUGUUGGGGACAUACUUGUUGCUAUCAACCCAUUUAGACCCCUCCACAUCUACGGAGAAGAGGAAUCACAGAAGUAUUAUCUGGAAAAGAAGAGUUCCAACCCACCACAUAUUUUCGCCAUCGCAGAUGCAGCUUACCAAUGCAUGCUGGGAUAUGGUGGACGAAUUCCACAAAAUCAAUGUGUGCUUAUCAGUGGAGAGAGUGGAGCAGGGAAGACAGAGAGCACCAAGUUAAUCAUCAAACAGUUGAUAGAGUUAUGUCGGGGCAAUACUCAGCUAGAACAGCAAAUCCUCCAGGUCAACCCUUUAUUAGAGGCCUUCGGAAAUGCCCGAACAGCCAUGAAUGACAAUUCUAGUCGCUUUGGAAAAUACAUCCAGCUGAUUUUCCGUGAUGGACACGUGGAUGGGGCUAAGAUCUCAGAAUAUCUGUUGGAAAAGUCCAGAGUUGUCCAUCAAAAUGGAGAGGAGGAAAACUUUCACAUUUUCUAUUACAUGUUUGGAGGUUUAUCAGCUGAACAGCGAAAAAACUACAACUUAUUACCACCUGGGAAACACAGGUAUUUGACAAAUGGUGCUGAUUGUUUGAAGCGUGAACCUUCAUAUUUCAAGAAACAGUAUGAUGAGCUGGUGAACGCCAUGGACCUGGUCGGGUUUACCGAUGAGGAGGAAGACAACCUUUUCUCAAUCGUUGCUGCUGUCCUCCAUAUGGGAAACGUGACCUUUGAAAUGGAUGAUGAUGAGGCUUCUUUUGUGGAAGAUGAAAACGGACCAGUUAAAAUGGCAGCAAAUGUGCUGGGAGUGAGCAGUGAGGAGUUAGUGGGAACAUUGACGAACAUGGUCACCUUCACACGGGGAGAGCAGAUCAAACGACACUACACAAAGGCCAUGGCCGAAGAUGCCAGAGAUGCUGUGAGCAAGGCCCUGUAUGGGAGACUCUUUGGAUGGAUUGUCAACAAAAUCAACCAGCUUCUGGCCCCCAAGGACCAGUCCAGUGUUGAAGCCAGAGAAAUUGGUAUUCUGGACAUUUUUGGAUUUGAACACUUUGAGAAAAACAGCUUUGAACAAGCAUGCAUAAAUCUAGCAAAUGAACAGCUACAAUUUUUCUUUAAUCAGCAUGUGUUCAAAAUGGAACAAGAAGAGUAUAUGAAGGAGGGCAUUGACUGGAAGGAGAUCAAAUUUGUGGACAAUCAGCCAUUAUUGAAUUUGUUUUUAAACAAACCCAUUGGAAUUUUGUCUUUAUUGGAUGAAGAGACUCAUUUUCCUAAGGGAACAGAUGAGUCUCUGGUGGAAAAGUUAAACAUUCACUUUGGUGGAAACAGUUAUUAUGGAAAGUCAGCACAGUCCAAGUCCAGGAAAUUCACAAUCAACCAUUAUGCUGGAAAGGUAACAUAUGAUGCUUCUCGCUGGUUGGACAAGAAUCGAGACACGUUGCCACCUGGUGUCACUGAAAUGUUACAGACUAGUUCAAAUGAGCUCGUUAAGCUGAUAUUCAGAGGACAGAUAACAAGAACGGGAUCCUUAGCUCUCCAGGCCAGGAAAUCCACCAGAACAACAAGGAGAAGCAAGAAGCCCCCACCCGCUGGAAGCCAUGCUGGCGGACGGAAGCGAAAACAGACAGUCGCCGGACAGUUCAAAAAUUCUUUGGGUAUUCUGAUGGAGAGAAUGAUGUCAUCAUCCCCAAUAUUUGUUCGGUGUCUAAAGCCCAACCAUGUCAAAGUCCCAGGAAAGUUUGAUGAAACCUACAUUCAAGGCCAGUUAUUAUACACUGGUAUGCUGGAGACAAUCAAAAUCAGGAGAGAGGGGUUUGCUGUAAGGCCAUCCUUUGCUGAAUUUGUUGAAAAAUACAAAAUCAUUGUGUGUGAGGCUGCCCUUCCAGGAACAAAACAGAAUUGUUUGAGAAUCUUAAAGGCAAGCAAAAUUGUCGGCUGGCAGAUGGGAAAAACUAAAGUUUUUAUGAAAUACUACCACUUAGAACAAUUGUCAGAUGUCUUUAAAAAAAUGGGAAAAUCUGCCAUAAAAAUACAAAAAGUGAUAAGAGGAUUUCUUGGGCGACAGGAAUAUCGGCGCAGACUUGCCCAGGCAAGGAGUGAGGCAGAGCGGGUAAAACACUUGGCCGACGACAUCUACAACAUCAACAUCCACCUGUGUAACCAGCUACAGAUAGCCAAACAGAAUGACACCAAAAUCCCUCCCAGUUUCUUUGGUGUUUCCAAUGACCCAGACUUUCCCCCUAUACCGGACUUUACUGAUGUUGAAUCUGUGAAAGCCAGCGUCAAAAGUUAUGAAAAACCAUCACCCAAAAAGACAUUUCAUGAAAUGGGCAUUCAGGCACGAAAGCCAUUUCCGGAAAAUGCUGAUGGUAGUUCAUCAGACUCGGAGUUUUCAGAAGAUGAGUUUAAACCUGUGUCCUCACAAGCCUUCGGUACCCCCGGGACCCGACAGGCCACCAUUCGUUGGUUCAAGGAAACCCAGGCCCACCAAAUAUACGACCCUGUCAACACCAGUGGCAACUUCAUUGCAGAAUGGUUCCAUGGGGUCAUAAGUCGCAGAGAAUCUGAAUCAUUAUUAAAGAGAAAACCAAGUGGCUGCUUCUUAAUAAGAGUCAGUGAGAGCAGAUUUGGCUACACUUUGUCUUUCAGUGGAGGUGAUCGUACAAGACAUUACAUGAUUGAUCAACUCCCAAACAAGAAAUACAUCAUCAUUGGAGAGCCAAAAGUCCAUAGGACUCUCAAGGAUUUAGUAGAUUAUCACAAACACGUUAAGAUUUCGAAUUGGAAUGGGUUCCUCACAGAACCAUGUGGACAGGAACAAGGUAUCUGUGAUUACCAAGAACUUGUGGGACCAAACUUUUACUUUCAAUUGGAACAGUCCGACCAGAAAAAUUCUAGCCAAAAUUCAUCAAGAAAUCCACAGAGAAGACUCGCUUCCAGAGUAAGUCGAGGCCAGGACACCCCAUCCAGAAAUGGUCACGUGACACCUGCCGACUCCGCCCCUCCUGUCCCAGAACGUAGCUACUCAGUGGCCAAGCCUAUUCCCCAGCAGGCCUCUGUAAUGAGUAGUCGCCCCCUCCCAAGGAGGCCUGAUGAAGCAUAUGAAAGAUUGCUAGCACACCAGACAAAACAACAUUGAGUCUAGAGACGGUAGCAGGAGCAGCCCUCCCAGGCCUCCCUUCGUGAUCAAUACUGUGUAAUAGUUCUUGUAGGCUUGUCCAUGAACUUAGAAAUUCUACACGGCUACAUCGCUGACUUUGAACUGGAAUGCAAAAGAUUUCGGAAAUGUUUUUUGGUCUUUAUUUUUUGCAAUUUACAGCAUAAUAGAUUAUAUACUCUCUAUGUUGCCUGGUUGAAUCAGGGUAUAUGUUAUGGUGACGCAGAUUCCUGUGCUAUAUAUGUUUAUAUAUGUGCUUAUUUUUGUGCAAUCAUAUUUUUCUACAAUGUGUUGAUAUUGUAAGAUGAUUUGUAUUUUUUUUUUCUAGAACACUAUAAGUUUGAUUAGUUGUCUCGCGUAAAUUAUUUCAGUAACAGUAUUUUGAUGUCAUAAUAUUCAUGUAUCCAGAGAUUUGUUUUAAUACAGAUAUUUAGCCUAAUAUUACAAGCUUUGUAUGUUAUGAGGAAAAAUAACAUUUUUUUUCUUCGUUUACGAAAACAUUUUCAUAAUUACUUGAAAGCUUUUUUCUCAUGCUUGGAAAGAGCUCAUUUCUCAAAGUUUACAAAGAUAGCUUACUAUACAUUUUAUUACUUUAAGGCAGAAACACUAAUACACCGCAACCCCGAGUAAACCCAUAUUGUUUUACUUCCGUGGCACUUCCGAAAUCGUCCUAUUCAUUGUCGAUCAUGGACCACCAGUUACCUUUACGUUAAACAAAUCGUGAUUUUUUAACAUUUCAUCAUUUUCAUUGCAAUUGUAUUGAAAGCAUUCCUUUUCAUUGUGUACCGGAAAUGUAAUUCUCUUUGCCUCGUAGCAUGUCUGGGACAUCCUCUUCCUCUACAACAUUAUAUACAUUAUUGAAUUAUGUUUCGUUUUUCUCAUUUUGUUUCACGUUUUGAUCAUCUAAUUAUGUUAUCAAGAUAUUCGAAAGGGAAGUGAUCAUAAGCGUUAAACAUGUAUUGUAGAUGACUUUUUUUUUGUACAUUUCUGCCAUUUUUAAGGAACUUCCUAGUGCGUGUAUCUAUGUAAAGUUUCCUGUAUAUGUUGUGACGUCUAUCAUUUCACUUGUUAAGAAAGAAUAUGCAUUGUUUUACAAGUUUUAUAGUUGUAUUGCAAUGUUAUUAAACAGUCACGUUAUUGAAGUUUGCGCUGUUUAGUUGCAUUAAAAAUGAAAUUUUGCAAUUAAAUGUCUAAUGCUUUCCA